CGUGCCCCGCUGGAGCGGGCACGGCGCCACCAUGCCAGGACUCCCGGAGCUUUUUCCCAUCCUCCGCGAGGAGCGAAACUCAGUGCUCGACCCGCAACCGUGUCGCACCGCCCCUGACACUCGCUUCGACGCUCCGUGCGAUCGCGGUCGAGUCGCGUGGAGAUCGAAGAGAGACGAGCGCGUCAUUAACGAUCGGACGUUAUCGGACGUUAAAGUGAUCUUCGAAGAUCACUGCGCGUUAUCCGAUAAUUUUUAACAAUAAUAAUUUUCAAUAAUUAAAUUUCGAUAAAAAGAAAUCGGUUUUGAGAUGUUUCUCCGGCAUCGUGAAGACAACGAUCUCGGUUCACGGUAACGGUUCGUCGCGACUUUUUCGUCUACGCGAGAAGGAAUCUGGACGAUCGAGCACGUCGAAACAAGCAAGGCAGCAACGGCAUUAUGCUAACGAUCGGCGUGAUCUCGCGGGUGUUUCACGAAGGGUUGCGAGUGGAAACCGAUCGUUCGGAUCGGACGGUGGUGGGCAGGUCGCUCUCAGGCGCGGAACAGCGCGUGAAUUAGAUCGGGAGAUGUGCGCAAAGUGAAAGAUGGCCCCGUUCCAUGGCAUGGCUCUCCUGCUCCUGGGAAUCGGAUACCUGUUACACGCGGAACCACUUCACGGCGAACGCGGCAUCGCGUUCUUGCAUCUCAACAACGACACAUUUGGCAAAGGGGAGAAGUCGCAGCGCGGCACAAAGAAGACAUAUUUUUUCAAAGACACGCCGCAAAAGUUAACGGUGGCCAUAGGACAAGCCGCCGUUCUGUUAUGUCGUGUUAAGAACCUAGGAAACAGAACUGUGUCUUGGAUCCGAAAAAGGGACCUACACAUCCUGACGUCCAUGUCGGUGACUUACACGAGCGACGCGAGAUUUACGGUAGUCGGCAAUCCGGAGACCGACGACUGGAAUCUGCGAAUAGAUUACGUGCAACCGCGGGACGCAGGCAUUUACGAGUGUCAGGUUAAUACAGAACCGAAGAUAUAUAGAGCCGUGGCACUGAAGGUUUUGGAUAUACAGGCGAGGAUCACGGGUUCCCAGGAGUUGUACAUCAGAAAGGGCAGCACUAUCAGUCUGACCUGCAUCAUAGAACUGCAGGAUUUGCCCCCGAGCAACGUGACCUGGUACCAUGCUGGUGCGGUGAUCGAUUUCGACGGUCCAAGGCGAACAUCCCGCCGCGAUGCAGCACGGUGGUACUGGCGAUGCAAAUAGGAGACUCGUCCUGCUCGUCCUGAUUUUCCUCGUCGAUACGGUGUUCCGGUGAACGACGCGUCACCGAUCUCUCGCGAAUUCCUCCCGAAUUCGCUCUGAGACAUUCGCACGGAUUCCGACAGGGGAAGAAUCGAUGUGUCCGGCGUAUGACUUCCAGUAAAGACGAAUAUUGUUUUUUUCUUCUUUCCGUUUUAUCAUUGUUCCGCACGAUCGACGUAGCGAUAACACUAAUUCAGACUCAUCGUACAUCACAUCGUACGUUUGUUUGACGGAUUUUAAUCGGACCGGACUUGUUGCACUCUCAAAUACCUGGUCGCUCAAAUACUCUUGCCCGAGAUGUCAGUACGAAUGUAACAUGUAUGUAAUAUAAUAAAUCUUUUGGAGUUACACAA